AUAAUAAAUUACCAGUUGACCUAGACUAGCUAUACACAGUUGAAAAAUUUAGUAAAAUAGUUCAGAUAAAUAAUAGUUCAGUCUGAUGGCAAUAUUUUUUAAAAAAUCAUCCAAUACUCCCCGGACGAUCCACUUCCCCCGGAAUUCAAAAAUAAUUAACCCCGAAGAAUAGAAAAUUCCCUCGCGUCCCGCCGCGAAAACACGGACUCUGCUAUCUCACAAAAUAUGCCCCUCCCUCCGAGUUAUAAUAGCGCGCACCACCACCAUUGAAUCCGCACCCCCGUCAACUCAGCGCUGAAACCGUUGAAUUUUCCUCCGACUGGCUCAGUAGCGCCAGGCGUCUCGACGCGGCAGCACACACGAGGAUAUUUUUCACCUUUUUCACUAUCAUCCAGCGUAAAGCUUGGCGCCCCCUCGUCCUCGUCCACUCGGAUACCGCGCAACCCCUGCGGGCUCCAUCGCGCGCCGACGGGAUCCGCCCACCCCGGGCACCCGCCGAAAACUACCCCUACGCUAUUUCACUUGGUAUUCCGAGGCCCUCGGCACCGACUUUGAAGUAACGCGCGCGUCAACUCCCUCAACGCCCUCGUGUGUUCUUUGUUUUGUUCUGUUCAGUUAACAUCAAUUAGUGUCAGACAUUGUGAAUCCUUUCGUCAAUCAAUCAGCUAUGGAAUCGCGUUGACAUUUUCCCUCGAUUUAUCACCAAGGAUUAAACAACUGGGAUUAAUCGUUAACUCAUUGACAUGGAGAUGUUCAGCACAAUCGAGAUUGACUCAACGUCGAGACUCAUUGCCGACAGUGGUGGCUGUUGUGUUUGUGGUGACAGUGAUAGUAGUGGUGAUUAUCACAAGUGCACGAGUUCAUUAACAUCUUGUUACAAUCGAAGUGUCACACGUACAUUAGAAAUUACAGUUGUCAUCCUGUUGCUGUCGCUUGGCUUCACCAAUGCCUAUUCGUCCAAGGAUAUCAAAGUAACUGCCCAAAUUCCGAAAGAAGCUGAAGUAUCUCAUGGAGUUGAGAUGUCCUGUCAAUGGGAGAUCCGCGAAGGAAAGAGCCUCUACUCGGUAAAGUGGUACAAGGAUGGCCACGAAUUCUUCCGCUACAAACCAAUUAAUCAUCCUAGAAUACAAACAUUCCCACAGCCAGGAGUUAAACUAGACAAAAUAUCCAGCAGAGAAAAUGCGAUACGUUUGAUGGACGUCAGCUUCACUAGUACGGGUCAAUAUAAAUGCGAAGUGUCCACUGAAGGACCCGCCUUUGCAACUGCUUUCAAAACGGGAAAUCUGACUGUAAUAUCCCUACCGAAACUAGGCCCCGAAAUUACCGGUCUGUCAUCUCACUACGCCGUUGGGGAAAAUGUAACGGCCAACUGCACCGCAUGGCCGUCCAUCCCGAGGGCAGAUCUUCAUUGGACUAUCAACGGCAUACUGGUACCCCCAGAGCACACAAUUGUCUACCCAUCACUGUAUCCACCUUCCUCAGGAGGUGUAUCAAACACAUUAGGUCUCCGUUUGGAAGCGGAGGACCAUCAUUUCAUCAAUGGAGUCGUAAAAAUUCGAUGUUUAGCAUCCGUUGGCUCUCAUCGAAAGGAAUCGGAGAGGCACGUACAAAUGGCACAUGUCAACAAUCAGAGGCUGAGUGCUGGAGAUCUCCGUGGAGCAGCCCGGGGUAUUGCCCAUCGCAUCACCACCAACACCCUCCUCAUCAUGCUCAUUAUAUUCGUAACAACGUGAUAAAUACAUAACUCAGGCAAAUAAAAAUUGUUUCGGAGUUUAUGAAUAGUCCGUUAGCAAUAAAUAGUCUGUUUAUCGAUUAAAAAUGAACAAUGAGUGGUGAGUGGCCUUGAGAUGAAAAAAAAAUAUAAAUGUUCACAUAAUUAGAAUGGUCAAUGUUUACCGAUUAAAAGUCAAACGCACGUGGAGCGCUUGAAAACUCGACAAUUGUAAACGCCGGAAGCUCUCGAGGAUGCGCCUUUGUGUCUUGAGUGCUUACAGAGGGAUUAACUUGGCACACAUAUACAUCUACACGUGAUACAUACGGUGACACUACCCUUGGGAUUAUACCGAGUGGGUUCCUCCUCGUUGCUGUACUGAAGGCCACUCAAGCCACCGAGUGAGAGGAAUGAAAAUGGGAGGACAGGAGGAAUAAAAUGGGAAAACUAUGAAGUUGAACUGGGUUAAAAAACAUACACAUGGAAUACACUUGGAUGAUGGGAUAAGAAAUUUUGUUGAUGGGAUAGCAUAUUGGGAGAGGGAAGUAAGAGGAUUAAAACCAGUUGGGGAUAAAUGGAGGUGAAAUUUGAAUAUAGAUUUCACGAUCAUAAAAUCACACCAAGUCAACUACACGUGCUCAAAAUUUUCACCUGAGUCAGACUUUGAAAUUAUAAUUAUUGAAAAUUUCCCUGACAUGGAAGUUCCAGCAUCACGAAUUCCGAAGCUCAUGGUAAAUGUAACAAAUCAAUUCAAUCCACCCCUCAAUAUCCCUGAAUAAAUCGGUAAAAUUUUUAGGGCAGAGAAAAAAUUAAUUGAGCUUCCGAAACUAUAGAAAAAAAAAAAAGAUUUUGUAUUAAAUAUUUCUCCCCAUGUUGGUGCAGUCGUCAAAACUUCACCCUUCCGAAAUUUCUGAAAUGAAUACUGCUAAAGUCCCUCGAAUUGUAUCACAAGUUAAAAAUAUGAUAAUAGUUUCAGUGCAACUCAAUGAACCCCAUCCCCUAAAACAUUUUCCAGCAACUGAUUUCAAUUAACAAUUUUCCAACUCCCCUCAUCCGAUUAUACUUUAUGCACGAAACUCCCCAGGCGGUUGAGUUUCGAUUGCAAAUUCAGUCAAGAGGCAUGCAACUCUUGAAUUUGUAAAUAUAACCAGGGAGGAAACCUCAGGGUUAAGUCCCACCACCGCAGCAACUGUCGGCGUUCAUGAAAAUCCAAAGUACUACAUAGACACUGAGAGCUGUAUGUGUACUUCCGGUACGUUUACUCAAUGUGGCAAUCACACCGAUAUAUUCAACCCAUCUCCUGCGGCUGAAACUCUCUCCACAUAUAUGAGCGUGAAACACUGACCGUUUGAUCGAUUAGCCACAAGCCAAUUUUCGAAGGCACUUACCCAUUGACCUCGGCAAAUUCAUGGGCGAAAGUAUAAAUAGCGAGAGUGUGAUAUAAAUAUUAAUGUACAUUGAGUGGAAGGAUUUUUGAUUAUUCAAGAAUUGUAAAGGAAAAUUCAAUUGAUUAGGGUUUACGUAGAUAUACAUUAAGGAAUGAGUGCUGAUGUUCAGGGUGAAUUGAGAAAUGAUCAUGUGAUGAUUGUAUUAAUUUACUAGAGAGGGAAUGGGCUAGAAUGAUGAGGGGUAAGUUUGGGGGAGAUGACGACUUUGUAAAAUCCAAUUAAAAGCCGAGAUGCACUGGAAUAGCCAGUGUCGUCCAGGGGUAUUAUAAGAGGGAACUAAAGAGGCUUAAUUUACGAUGCUCUAAUGUUGAAAACAAUUGGCUGAAUUUUCCGGGAAAAGCUCUUGCAUUUUAUUCAAGAAAAUGAUAAAGGAAUUCCAAGUUCUUCGGAAAAUUGUAGUAAACCUUCGUUGCAACCGGAAAACAGAUAUUACACAAUAGACAUGAUAUUUCAUUUUCAAAAAUCCUGGACGUUUCAUGAAAUGUCUUGAAAAUUCCGAAGAACAGAAGAUUAGAGAAGAGGUUUUCCGGAGUAGUUCGGGAUUUUGCAUUAGAAAUUAAAAACUCUCAAUUUCCUGAGAAUGAACACAAAUGCUCAUCUCACCCUGACCCACCCCGUGGACUAAAUCCCCAGUCUAUGCGCGGAGAAAAAAUUUCCUCAAAUCAAUCAAGAAUAACAUUUUUGAUUUGAGAAGAAAUAUCUUGUCUGGGCAAUGGAGCUAACGAAUAAAUAUGGAAAUAUUUAAUCUAAGAGGAGUAUAAAUUUAUAACAGCUGCGACUGGCCUCGCUGCACAUAUCACCCUUCACACGAGCAUUUGAAAAAAUAAUUUUCGUUCUUCACUCGACCCACCCAUUUCGUGGAUUAUUACGGGUCUCGGGUUUAUGUUUGUUCCGCCAUUGUAAAAUUAUUGAUCACUUCCUCCCUUGGAGCAGCCCAGUACGGUCCGAUGUAUGAGGAUAAUUCCUCGUUCACUACCUACUGUCGGGAGACCGAAUGGCCCAACUUCAGGUGGAUAUUCCGCUUACCGAGGAAUUAUUGCCUUUGAGCAAGACUCGUCAUGUCAUUUUUUUUUCUCUCCACUUUCAUCCGAAAAACUUCGAUUUGUUUCGGUCAUCAACGAGACAACUGGUGAAUCAAUAGGCAUUCCAAUACUCCCAGUCGACAACACCCAAACCUGAAACGGCUGGGAAAACCGGGGGGGAAAGGGCUAUUUUUUUCUCUUAUUCAGGAUUUUUCAAUCUCGAUAUACUACCAGUCGCAGGAUAUAGGAAAAUUUUCGCUGGUCGAUUCGAUUUCCGGGGGAAAAUUUUACUCGUCAGCUCGAGUAAUCCGAUGCCUCCGAGAAGGAAGGAGAUGCGGGUGGAGCGUCGAAUGAGGUGUGCAAGGUGAACGAAUAGCUGAUGCCGGAUAUUCGAUUUCUAUCCAACUCACUUCGGUUUUUCAACUUAUUUUUCAUUAUAACGCUUCUUGCACAUAAAUUCCGUCACUCAAUGCAUACACCCAGGGAAAUGAUUUAUUUGAAUUAACUGGAUUUAUUUUGAUAUCUCGUGAUAAAGUUUUAAAUUGAAAUAAGUUGGAAUUAAAGUUCACUCUGAUUUUCUCUAUUUAUUCACAUGAAAAAAAAAUCAAUUUUCAAACAUGAAUAAAUAUCUCUUCAUCUGAUGUGAAUGUACCAUGUAUUUCAUGCAAGGGAAAUAUUUACAAUGGAACACAAAUAUUAGUUUAUUAAUUACCAAUGCGGAGAUGUAUUGAAUUAAAAUGUAUUACUUCUCUAAUGGGUACAUUCAGAGAAAUUGAAUAUUUGAAUUCAAUGAUCCAACUUAUCGACAUUGCACGCCAUGUAAAAUUCAUUAAAGCUCACCGCUGAUUUCAACCCCAUUUAUACGAAUACAAAAUGAAUAUUUUUCAACACUGCGUUGAUCAGGAUAAUGAUUUUACUGAUUGAAAGAGGAAUUCUUGUUAAAAAAUUUUUAAAGCCACUUUUGCUUAUUUAAUACCGUCAAUUUAAUCGUUCUCUUUUUGUGAAAAAAAAUCGUUAACACACAAUAUUUUCAUAUAAUCCCUUAAGCUAUUAAAAUAAAUCGUUGAUUCAGCGCUAAUUGAUUAUUCAUUCUACCAUCAGAGCAUUUUGUACUGAAAUGAAUAGAUGAUUUUGAAUGGAAAUAUGAUUGAAAUGAAAACAAUGAGAAAAGUUCCGCUUGAAGAAUUUUAUAAGCUCAACAAAAAUAUAACAAUAUAAUUUGGCCAAUUAAAAUUUGAUUGAGAGAACUCAUAACGACAUAAUGGAAAAUCCUCUAAAUUUUGGGCCUCUGAUUUCUGAAAUGAAAUUAAUUGACAAGAAAAUUUCUUUGUGACUGCAUUUGACUAGAAUAAUUCAUUUCACUGGAUGUGACCCAAUCAUAUAACAUUUCUGAUUCAUCAAGAGUGGAGAUCGAUAUGAAUGACAUGAUGCGAUAUGAUCAAUAUGAAUGACACAAGAAUUCACGACUAGACGUAAAUUAAAUCAACUACUUGAACCUGAGUUUAUUAGUGAUUCCCCAGGAGUUUGAGUCAAUGUAAGAGGAGACGGAAGUACCACAAUUCUAAAUUUGUUUAUUGCACGAUGAAAUGAUAAAUAUAUUGACACCGAGGCAUAUAAAUCCUCGAGAACACUUGUAUAGAGAUAAGGAAAUUCUGAAAGGAGAAGAUAUUACGUAAAAUGGAUGAAUAGAUGUAUAUUCUCCUUGGUGAGCCAUGCAGACAGACAUUUUCAAUGGAAAAUUCGUGCGAAUGUCGUCCUUAAAUGUUGUGGACAGACAUUUAUUGCGUGAAUACCAGAGGCGGAGGAAGGACAAAUGUACUACGAGGAAAUCUCAUCAGAAUGAUAUAAUUAUUUCCAUUGAUUUAAAUGAAAGAAAAUAAAAUGCAAUUUUUAUUCAAAAAUGCAAGCCAUUACGCCACGUUUAUGAGCAAUUCAAAAGUUAUGCCAUACUUUAUUUAUUUAUGAAUAAAAAUAUAUAUCAAAAUAAAAAACACCCAUAGAAUGCUUUACAUUCCCAAAAAUAAAAAAGCUCAACUUUUUUCAAUUUUUCAAUUCCAAUUUAAGGAAUAUGGAUAAUUUUUUCCGUCCAAUUUCACGGUUUUUUUUUCUCUCAGUAAAUGUGUCCCUCCAAUUUCCUCCGAGUUAAUCACAAAAACAAGCAAAGAGAAAAAAAAAUCCCCCCAAAAAAAUCACAACAAUAUCUUUCGCAGCGUUGAAGGCGUUGUUUUGCACCGGUAACAAGCCCCGUAAGCUAAAUUCCCUAAAACAACACGAGAAAAAAAAGAAAUGUCAAUAAGACACGACGAGCAAAAAAUAAACAAACAGGAACGACACAAAAAAAUGGCAACCGCACGUGACUCCAGAGUGAGACAAAAUAUCGGGGUGGAACGCUCGAUAAAACGGAUUUGAAAAUCCGUGUAUGAACGUGACGGUGUUGCAAAAGCUUCUCCUUUUUUUUUUUUACUUUUUUACUUUUUGCAUCUCUCAUCUUACGAUUGUGGAGAGACCUCUUGCACUUGGUACGAGGCUCGAGAUUGUAUCCAACGAUUUCCAAAUGUGACUUCAAUUUUCCAACAAAUGUGGAGAACGAAAAGAAUGAAAAUUGCGAGGAUGAGAAACAAAAAUCAACGAUAAGAGAACAAAUUAUUUGAGAAAAAUGGUAGCGAUAAAAAAAAUUGUUUCCAGUUACGUAAUGUGUUCGCAGUUGAGAGUUUAAUCGUUGAAUCCCAUUCUCCAUUUGGGAGAGAAAUUAUCGGGAUUAGGAGUUCACUGGAAAUUCACAAUUUUUAUCCUCCAAUUUACAGUUUUUUUAAUCUACUUUCAGGGAUUUUUUCCUGAAAAGAGAGGAAAAUUUUAAGGAGAGGAUAUUCAGAGGAUG